AGACGGUUGUUUCCGGCAACAUGCAGGUCGUCUGCGGCAUUAAUUACCAGCUACUGCUGGAUGUCAGUGACGGAGACGACGGAGGUAGCAAGACCUACGAGGCGCAGGUCUGUGAACACGCCGUGGUUCACUCCAAGACUCUUACAAUGGCUUCGAGUGCUUCAAAAUUCAUCAAAUGUGUGACUGUUGGAGAUGGUGCCGUUGGAAAAACUUGUAUGCUCAUCUGCUACACUAGCAACAAAUUCCCUACUGACUACAUACCAACAGUUUUUGACAACUUUAGUGCUAAUGUUGUCGUUGAAGGCAUCACUGUGAACUUAGGUCUUUGGGACACUGCCGGGCAAGAAGACUAUAAUAGACUAAGGCCUUUAAGUUACAGAGGAGCAGAUGUUUUUGUGUUGGCUUUCUCAUUGAUCAGCCGAGCUAGCUACGAGAAUGUGUUUAAAAAGUGGAUCCCUGAACUCCAACACUUUGCACCAGGAGUCCCCAUUGUGCUUGUUGGUACCAAAAUGGAUCUUCGUGAAGAUAAACAUUAUUUGUCUGAUCAUCCUGGACUGUCCCCCGUAACUACAUCACAGGGAGAGGAACUCCGCAAGCAUAUCGGAGCGACGUAUUACAUUGAAUGUAGCUCAAAAACUCAACAGAAUGUGAAAGCCGUAUUUGAUGCUGCUAUCAAAGUAGUAAUUAAACCAGCAGUGAAACAAAAGGAGAAGAAGAAGAAGCAAAAGCCGCGCAAUGGAUGUCUCUCAAACAUUCUGUGUGGGAAGCAUUGAUGAUGACUCAACUCCAUCUGAUGAUUGUUCACUUCCUUUCUUUUUUUCUAUUUGCCCAGUUUUGUGGUUGUGAUAAGUCGGAAUAUACAUAGAUUUGGCAGAGAUGAAGCCUCAACUAGUAGCUUCUUCGAUUUUGUUUGUACAUGUAAACCUGAUGUUUGUUUAUUUCGAUUUGGUUUGACCCUUAUAGAACUGUUUUAG